AAUUUCAUAUAGACCCAUGACGAGAAGACUCCUUUUAACCUCUAUCAUACCUUUAACUUCCCUACAUCCCACUUUUUACUAACAUUAUACUCUAACAUGAACAUACAUUUAUGUAACUAAUAUCCAAAUGUAACAGUUUCAGAUGUAAAAAAUACAAAAGAAUGACCUUCAACCACAGAAGAAAAUUUAAUCGUAAAAACACAGUGAACAACGGGGCUAAAUGACAAAGUCAUAGCCUUUAAAGAAAAAAAAAAAAAAGUUUACACUCUGCUGAUGUGGUAUUGUAGUGCAUCGUUUUAGUUAAGGUUAGUUUGUGCAUCGAAAGUAACUGUGUAUUUGGACCUGUGUAAUAGUUGUGAGUGUGAUUUUGAUACGAACUUGACUAUUGGCCGUGAAAAUUACAAUAAUAUUGCUCGUGUUACUGUAUUGCAAUGGUAACAUAGUUGGAUUUCAACGUUGAGAGAAUAUUGUAACCAAUUUGCAAACUCGAAUUGUGGCCUUAAGAAAACAUAGUAACCGGUCUCACUGGAACCAAUUCAGCACAACUGUACCUUUAUAAAUAAUUUAAUUCAGUCUUAUAAUUAAGUACACUACACACGGUUAAAAAUAGUAAAAGGAAAAUAUUAAUAGAUACAAAAGUGAUCUAGUUGAUAAUUUAAUAUGAAAAUGGUUCCUGAAAGAAUUCAGAUCUCUUUGAUGAAGGAAAUGGAGGCAUUAUUAAAUCAAGGUCAAGAUAUAAAUGCCCAAGAUGAAUAUGGCCGAACACUUCUGGACAAAGCAGUUUGGAGGAGUUCAGAGCCUGCAGUUGAUCUACUGCUGGAGAGGGGAGCAGAUGUUAAUAUAUUAAACAACAGAAGAAGGUCUCCUUUACAUUUGGCUGUUUAUAGAAACAAUGCAACUAUUUUUGAAAAAUUAUUUGAUAAAGGGGGCAAUCUAAAUCUAUUUAGUCGUGAAGAGAAAUCUCCUUUUGAUUUAAUAAUUAAAAGAAGAUGUUUAAAAAUGAUUGAAACUCUUAUUGACAAAGAAUUUGAUUUUAAAAAUGAAGUGUAUGAUUUCCCACUCCUUCAUUAUUUUGUUUACAUACAUUUUGUAUCGGGUGUGGAGUUAUUGUUAAAGAAAGGAGCAUAUUUGAACUGCAAAGACAAACGAGGUAAAAGUCCUCUUCAUAUCGCCAUUUGCAGACAGUACAUUGAUAUUACACAAAUUCUUCUCAACAAAGGUGCAGUGGUGGAUAUCAAGAAUUGGAAAGGUGAUGAGACACCUCUUCACUCUGCUAUUAAAAGAGACUUUAAAGCUGGUGUUGAGUUAUUACUUAGGCAAGGUGCUAACGUGAACUUAAAGUGUAACGAAACUACACCACUUCAACUGGCUGCUAUAAAUAUGAAUGAAGGUAUAUUUGAUACAUUGUUAAAUCAUGGUGCCAAUAUAAAUGAGAGAGACGGGGAAGAUGAUACACUUUUACACACUGCAGUAAGAGUGAAUUUUAUUUAUGGUGUUAAAACAAGUUUAACAAAAGAUGUCAAAGUAAAUGAGAUAAACUGUGAUGGCGAAACACCUCUUCAUCUUGCUUAUUCAAAGGAGAUAUGUGAGAUAUUGCUGGAUAGUGGAGCUUUACUUGAGGAAAGAGACUGCAUGUCAGGGGCUACACCUUUCCUUAUGGCAGUCCAGUAUAACUUUCGUACUGUUAACAUUCUGUUGCAAAGAGGAGCAGAAGUAAAUGUGAGAGAUAAUAGAGGAAGGACUGCCUUUCAUUAUGUAGGGAAUGAUUUGGAAACAUUAAAAACUAUAUUAGAUUAUGGUGGGGAAGUAAAUAUAAAAGACAAUGAAGGAAAUACUCCUCUUCACAUAUUUAUUGAUCUUCAACUUAAUUCUGAAUUUAUUGAGCUCCUGCUUGAAAGGCAAGCAGAUGUAAACAUAAAGAACAAUGCAGGCUUUACUCCUCUACAUUUAGCAGUAUUGAAGGACCAAACAUCUGUAAUUGAGUUGUUGUUAGAUAAUGGUGCCGACGUUUUCCUAAAAAAUAAGCGAACUAAGUCACCAUUUCAACUUGCACUGUACAGAAAAGAGGUAAGGCCAGUAAUAAGUGUUAUGUUAGACAAGGGAACUAUGUUGAACUUUAGGGACAGAGACACAAACAGUCCUCUUCACUUUGCUGUUUCAAAUGGGGAUUAUGAUCUGGUCAAAGAAUUGAUAGAUAAUGGAGCUUGUGUAAACUCAAAAAACAGCAAAUGUCAAAGUCCUCUCUAUAUUGCUGUUUCAAGAUCAUUUCAACCAAUAGUUCAACUACUGUUAGAGAAAGAAGCAAGUGUGAAUGACAGGGAUGCUGAAAAAAGAACCCCCCUUCAUUUGGCUGUCUUAGCAAACAAUAAGACUUUGGUUGAAGCAUUAAUUGAUAAAGGGGCAGAUGUAAAUAAUAAAGACAAUCGAGGAAGUACCCCUCUCCAUUAUGCAAUUUUAAUGAACAAAUGUUGAAGUACAGUUAUUCUUUUACUCAGUAAAUCAAAUGUAAACCUUGGAGAUAACUGUCUCAGAACACCACUUCAUUUAGCAAUCUUGCACAAGUUUAAUGCUAUAGUUGAUUCUUUAUUUGCCUCUGGUGCUAAAGUAAAUUUGUGGGAUAGUAAAAGGAACACACCUCUCCAUUAUGCUGCUCGAAAUAAAUCAGAGUCAUUAUCCAGAAAGCUUUUGGAGAGAGGAGCUAUAGUUGAUAUUCAAAACUCAAAAGGACAAACGCCCCUCCACGUGGCUAUAAAUCGUCUAUGGUUCACUGGAGGUAACUGUGUUCGAGUGUUGCUGGAUUACGGGGCUACCAUGGAUGAUAUAAAAGAUUAUAAAGGGAAAACACCAGUAGAAUAUAGAGAGGAAUCUGUUUAUCUGCUUUUUUUGUUUUUAGAAACGGUCAUAAAAACUUGCUGUGCUAAUUUAGAACUAAAUUUGAAUAGUAAAGUUGUGUCAGACCUCAAAUUUUAUGGUGAACCUAUUCCUUUUCAAAACACUUGCUUAACUGAAUUGAAAUACAUGAAAAAAAAGAAAAUUGGCAGCAAUAAUCUCUAUGAUGUGUUUUCCAAAUACAGGGAUCCUAAAUUUUCUAUGAAACAAUCCAUGGUAGAAGCGAUUUAUUCUCCCACUUUGGAUGUAGAGUUUCCAUUAUAUGCCUCAUUUUUGAGAGCAACAUUUCAGAGAGCAAAAGUUAGGCAUAAACUGUUAGAUGUAGCAGUAGAAAAAAUGAGUGCUACAAUUGAUAUAACAUUGCCAAAUGAGGUGAAAAGGCAUAUUAUGUGUUAUUUAAGUGACCGAGAAUUGAAAAGGUUUAUUGACCAAAUAAGUUUAUGCACUAAUUUAGGUGCCAGUAUUCAAAACUAUGGUCAGGCUAAUGAUAACCGACCUGAACCAUCACGUACUACAUCUCCUGCAGUUGAUGAAGCUACUGGUAGUGAUAACUGGAGUGACUGUACAUUAACUGAGAGGGAUUUCCCUUUCACUGGAGAAGAGGGGAAUGAAGGACAUGCCCAGAAAAUAAUACUUCUGUUAGCUUCUGAUUUGUUGCUUCAGGGUCGCACUAUAUUUGCCGACAACUUCUAUAAUUCUGUUCCUCUCGCAGAAUUUCUUCUCCACAAAAGAACAUACUUAUGUGGCACCCUUCGUGCAGACAGGGUCAAUAAUCCAAAAGAGCUCGUCAAGAAAAAAAUCAAAAGAGGCGAAGUAUCUGCUCUUCAAAACGAAAGGGGAGUCAAAGUUAUACUCUGGAAAGAUAAAAGGCGUGUCCUCAUGAUUUCUACCCGUGCAGAAGACCAAGGGAUUUUAAAAGACACUGGUAGAAAAAAUAGCAAAGGACAACCUAUUUUAAAGCCGUCGGCAGUGCUGGCAUACAAUGGAGCCAAAAAGGGAGUUGAUGUUUCUGACCAGCUGUCGUCGUAUUAUACCCCUCUCAGAAAAACCAUUCGGUGGUACAUGAAAGUAGCAUUUGAGCUUCUUCUUGGCACAUGCGUGGUUAAUUCACUUGUAGUAUACAACCACGGUAAACCUAAAAAGGACCAUAUGGACAUGUUAGGCUUCCGGUUAGCACUUAUAAGUAAAAUGAUUGCUAGCCCAGUGACCAACAGAAUACAAACACCGGCUCUGCGUGCACCAGAUGGAGAAGUAAGAAGGCGGCCUUUGUUGACCCACAAACUAUCUCAGCGGGAAGGACCUGCCCGGACUUCUCGCAAAAGAUGUCUGCCGUAUUAUAGUGAACUGGCCGACAGACUUGGAACUAGUGAGGCGAGGAAGAAAGCAAGAAAAGUCACUACAUUUUGCAAUGAUUGUCCUAAUUCUCCUUCUAUGUAUAUGAAAAUGGUUCCUGAAAGAAUUCAGAUCUCCUUGAUGGAGGAAAUGGAGGCAUUAUUAAAUCAAGGUCAAGAUAUAAAUGCCCAAGAUGAAUACGGCAGAACACUUCUGGACAAAGCAGUUUGGAGGGGUUCAGAGCCUGCAGUUGAUCUACUGCUGGAGAGGGGAGCAGAUGUUAAUAUCUGUAACAACAGAGGAAGGUCUCCUUUACAUUUGGCUGUCUAUAGAAACAAUGCAACUAUUUUUGGAAAAUUAUUUGAUAAAGGGGGCAAUCUAAAUCUAGUAAAUAAGUUGAAAUCUCCUCUUGAAUUAAUAAUUAAAAGAAGAUGUUUAAAAAUGAUUGAAACUCUUAUUGACAAAGAAUUUGUUUUUGAAAAUGAAGUGCAUGAUUUCCCACUCCUUCAUUAUUUUGUUUACAUACAUUAUGUAUCGGGAGUGGAGGUAUUGUUAAAGAAAGGAGCAUAUUUGAACUGCAAAGACAAACGAGGUAAAAGUCCUCUUCAUAUCGCCAUUUGCAGACAGUACAUUGAUAUUACACAAAUACUUCUCAACAAAGGUGCAGUGGUGGAUAUCAGGGAUAAUGGUGAUGAGACACCUCUUCACUGUGCUAUUAAAAACUACUUUAAAGCUGGUGUUGAGUUAUUGCUUAGGCAAGGUGCUAACGUGAACUUAAAGUGUAACGAAACUACACCACUUCACCUGGCUGCUACAAAUAUAAAUGAAGGUAUAUUUGAUGCAUUGUUAAAUCAUGGUGCCAAUAUAAAUGAGAGAGACUGGGAAGAUAAUACAGUUUUACACACUGCAGCACAAGUGGAUUUUAUUUAUGGUGUUAAAACAAGUUUAAAAAGAGGUGCCAAAGUAAAUGAGAAAAACUAUGGCGGCCAAACACCUCUUCAUCUUGCUUAUUCAAAGGAGAUAUGUGAGAUAUUGCUGGAUAGUGGAGCUUUACUGGAGGCAAGAGACUUUUUUGGGUUUACACCUUUCCUUAUGGCAGUCCGGUAUGACUUAUGUACUGUUAACAUUCUGUUGGAAAGAGGAGCAGAAGUAAAUGUGAGAGAUAAUAGAGGAAGGACUGCCUUUCAUCACGUAGAGGAUGAUUUGGAAACAUUAAACACUAUAUUAGAUUAUGGUGGGGAAGUAAAUAUAAAAGACAAUGAAGGAAAUACUCCUCUCCAUGUACUCAUUUCUCGUGGGUUUUAUUCUGAAUGUAUUGAGCUCCUACUUAAAAGGCAAGCAGGUGUAAACAUAAAGAACAAUGCAGGUCUUACUCCUCUACAUUUAGCAGUUUUGAACAACCGAACAUCUGUAAUUGAGUUGUUGUUAGAUAAUGGUGCCGACGUUUUCCUAAAAAAUAAGGAAAACAUGUCACCACUUCAACUUGCACUGUACAGAAAAGCGGUAAGGCCAGUAAUAAGUGUUAUGUUGGACAAGGGAACUAUGUUGAACUUUAGGGACAGAGACACAAACAGUCCUCUUCACUUUGCUGUUUCAAAUGGGGAUUAUGAUCUGGUCAAAGCAUUGAUAGAUAAUGGAGCUUGUGUGAACUCAAAAAACAGCAAAUGUCAAAGUCCUCUGCAUAUUGCUGUUUCAAGAUCAUUUGAACCAAUAGUUCAACUACUGUUAGAGAAAGAAUCAAAUGUGAAUGACAGGGAUGCUGAAAACAGAACCCCCCUUCAUUUGGCUGUCUUAGCAAACAAUAAGACUUUGGUUGAAGCAUUAAUUGAUAAAGGAGCAGAUGUAAAUAAUAAAGACAAUCGAGGGAGUACCCCUCUCCAUUAUGCAAUUUUAUGUACAAACUUUGAAGUAAGCAUUCUUUUAAUCCAUAAAUCAAUUGUAAACCUUAGAGAUAAGUGUUAUAGAACACCACUUCAUUUAGCAGUCUUGUACGAGUUUGAUGCUGUAGUUGAUCCUUUACUUGCCUCAGGAGCUAAAGUAAAUUUGAGUGACAAGAAAAGGAACACACCUCUCCAUUAUGCUGCUCAAAAUAAAUCAGAGUCAUUAUCCAGAAAGCUUUUGGAGAGAGGAGCUGUAGUUGAUAUUCAAAACUCAAAAGGACAAACGCCCCUCCACGUGGCUAUAAAUCGUCUACGGUUCACUGAAGGUAACUGUGUUCGAGUGUUGCUGGAUUAUGGGGCUACCAUGGAUGAUAUAAAAGAUUAUAAAGGGAAAACACCAGUAGAAUAUAGAGAGGAAUCUGUAGAUCUGCCAGUUUUGUUUUUAGAAACAAUCAUAAAAACUUGCUGUGCUAAUUUAGAACUAAAUUUGAAUAGUAAAGUUGUGUCAGACCUCAAAUCUUAUGGUGAACUAGUUCAUUUUCAAAACACUUGCUUAACUGAAUUGAAAUACAUGAAAAAAAAGAAAAUUGGUAGCAAUAAUCUCUAUGAUGUGUUUUCCAAAUACAGGGAUCCUAAAUUUUCUAUGAAACAAUCCAUGGUAGAAGCGAUUUAUUCUCCCACUUUGGAUGUAGAGUUUCCAUUAUAUGCCUCAUUUUUGAGAGCAACAUUUCAGAGAGCAAAAGUUAGGCAUAAACUGUUAGAUUUAGCGGUAGAAAAAAUGAGUGCUACAAUUGAUAUAACAUUGCCAAAUGAGGUGAAAAGGCAUAUUAUGUGUUAUUUAAGUGACCGAGAAUUGAAAACUUUAUUGUACAAAUAAGUGUAUGCAGUAAGUAAUGAGUGUUUGUUAACAUUUCAAAUAACUGCAUCUUAUUGUAUAAACAUGCUACAAAAUGUCACAAUUAGUUCUACAGCAAGUAACUUACAGCUGUGAAAGCAUUAAUUUAGUAAGCAGAGAUAAUGUUCAUUUUAAAUAAGAAUACAUACAUUUUUGUUUCUUGAUUUACUUUUUGUUGUUAUCUACCUGUAUAGUACGAAAACCAUUACAUUUUAGAAUACCAGUGUAUAACAUAUUAAUGAUACAAGUACAUUACCGUUAAUUUUAUACUGAAAAAUAACAUUGAUAACAUUUGCUUCAAACAGUGGAAUAAAGUUUAGUAAUUAUUAUGACAGAUAAGAUUAUACCUGGAUAAUAAUAAUAAUUUUAAGGAUAGAUAAAACAAUAUUUAAAUGUAACUUUCUUUCAUAUGUUAGAAACACGUAUUCAUACUCAAAAAUGUUAGUGAAUAAACUAAACUAUCAGAUGUAAUUUAUUUUAUUUCUAAUUAUUUAAGAACAGUUUACUUCUGUAGAAAGUAACUACACUUUGAAAUAUAUAUAUCUCUAAAAUGAAAAGGAGUUAGUCAUAACUUUUAAUAUAAAAUAUUGAUACAUCUUCACGUACUUUGUUCCUGCCAUAGACUAGACUUUUUUACAAAAGUUGGAAAGUGUUUGAAAUCCAAAUAUCCGUUCUGGCUUAGUUGGAAGAAAGAUGGAUUUCACAACGACUGUUAUCUUUAAAUGUAAAACUGAACAUGCAUUAUUACUCUAGAGAACACUAAACUAACUAGCAGAGUUACAAUAACGGGAAUAUAUAUUCUUAGUUUAGGACAUGAACAAUUUGACUAAGUAGUGGUAAUAUUUGUCUGUCUAUUCCACGAAUCAUUAUGGUGUUUAUUUAUUUAUUCUAAUAUUUCAUUAAUUAAAAUGUAUUCGUGGUUGUUUAGAAAGAAGGCUGCGAUAUGAAAACUGAAGUAGAAAUGAUUCCUUUAGGUUUCGUUUGAGAAAAUUUGAGUACCAUGACACUACGCUGGUAUUCUUUGAAUGCACCACCGUACAUAUUUUUAUAUACCGUAUUGGAAGUUUAAUUAAAUCCGUAAUAUAUUUUUAAACUACAAAGUACUACUUUGUUAAUAACUAAUUUAAAUGUAAAACACCGUGUGUUUACUAUUUAAAAUAAUGUUUAUAAAUUAAAAUUUAAUUUGUAUGUUUAGAUAAGCAGUGUUUGUAUAGAAGAAGUUUUGUUAGUACAGAGUAUUUAACGUUUCAUAUUAAAUAUUUUGUAUCGA